UUGGUUUAUAGAUAAAUACUUUGAUGGUGCUUCAGUGAAGGAAAGAAGCUAUCUGCAUCAAAAUGGGAAAGCUCACAUUUUUUGAGGAGAAGAAUUUCCAGGGUCGCUGUUAUGACUGCAGCAGUGAUUGUGUGGACCUGCACUCCUACUUCACACGCUGCAACUCCAUCAAGGUGGAGAGUGGCUGCUGGGUGCUGUAUGAGAAACCCAACUACAAGGGUUACCAGUAUAUCAUGAGCCCUGGGGAGUAUCCUGACUACCAGCACUGGAUGGGCUUCAAUGAAAGCAUUAAGUCUUGCCGCUGGGUGAAAAAUGUCCAUGGUAAUGUGUGGAAGCUGAGGCUGUAUGAAAGACCUGACUAUGGUGGGCAGAUGGUGGAGUGGGUGGAGGACUGUCCAUUGGUCUACGAGGCCUUCAAGUUCCAGGAGGUCUACUCCUGCGUUGUGACUCAUGGCGCCUGGGGCUUCUACGAGCUUCCCAAUUACAGGGGGCGCCAGUACUUCCUGGAACGGGGUGAAUUCCGCAAGCACACCGACUGGGGAGCAGCCUCGCCUGGGGUGGGCUCCUUCCGCAAGAUCACUGAGUUCUAGAGUCAUGUCAACUGAAAAUCAGAUUAUAAUGGAAGCAUCAAUAAAGGUUGUAAAGUCA